GUCAAUUACACCAUGUUUCAUUUUCGUAAAGGCUGAGCUUUAAACAAAUUUCUUGUCAAAUAUAUUACGACGUUUAUCAGUUAUUUAAUUGACACAACCUGAAUUUACAGUAAAGAUGAUCAUGCUGCAAACCAAAUCACACAAACCCUGAGGAACAGAGAGCAAGCCUAUCGGCUGACAGGCACCCUACGCGCCAAUCCCAAAGCAGAGUCCGCAGUCUGCAGUCCAAUCACGCCGCGCCUCCGCUCCGGUGGGCGGGGUUUUGUGGGCGUGUCUAAAGGGCCGCUCCACCGCACUCGGGUUUCAGCUGGUCCGGGCGGAGUCCAUGCGGGAUAAAGGAAUUACACGAAUUCAGUCCAGCUGAAGGUUUAUUCCACGCCGUUUAGCGACCACAUCAGCCGCUCGACAUGACCACGACGACCACCUAUCAGGGCAUGGAACCCGGUGCCAAAAACAGCUCGAGGGUGUUGUGUCCUCCUGGAGGAGCCUCCAAUAUUUCCUUUGGCACAGAUGAGGAAAAGCCGGCGCGCAAAAACAAGAUGGCCUCCAAUAUCUUUGCUGAACCUGAUGACCCUCACGCCCACCGGAGGAACAACCCGCCAAGUGGAGAAGCGUCUGGGGUUCUGUGUGGAGAGCCGUCGGCUCCUCUCAGACGGUGCCAGCCUGCUAUAGUGUAUGAUAACGGAUGUCCUGGUGAACGUCAGGCCAACAACAACGAUCAAAAUGACUUUGAGCCGGAAAACAAUGAAGAGGUUCAGGAGCAGAAAGAGGAUGGCGCACAGCCGUCUGUCCCCACAGCGUCCGGCGGAACCCCUUCUGGCCGAAGGAACCCACCCGGUGGCAAAUCCAGUCUGAUUCUGGGCUGAAACGGCCAUCAUUGAACUUUCUUUGCUCUAUCUGUCUGUUCUCUCUCUUUUUUUAAGGAACUCCUUCCUUCACUCUCGUCGUGAGCCAUGGAAACUUUCGUCCUCCGUCCACCGUCUUUUCAUUUUUCUAUUGCGAAACAAGAGAAGCGAUCGUUGACAGAAGCACUUUAUGUAAGAAGUCCGUUUCAGUCGCUCCCGCGGGAAUUGGUGGCAUGAGAGAUUCAGAUCGACUUCUAAUCCGCCCCCGGUGUAAAUCAUUCAAGGAAAAGGACAAAAAAGAUUUGUUGCGCAAAAUUUCUAAGUACAAAUAAAGAUUGAUAUGAAUUUCACGGUGUUUGUUUGACGUGAGAUGCGUGUUUGUUUGGAAUGUGUUAUUGUCAUGUGUGAAGACUCAAGUCAGCAUGAUCCAGAAAUUAAAAUGGCAGUAUUAAUACGUAUAUGGAGUUAUUUCUGAGUGAAAUAGUACGCUGAACAACUUCAUUUCAUUCCCCCCCAGUUUUUUUUAGAACAUCAAAAAGAUUUUACAGAAGCAUGCCGUGUCAGAAAUAUAGAGCAACAUACUAGCAAAACAGGUAUCAACAAUUCCAUUGUCACAAACUUUUUAUUAAAAAAUACAUAAAGUACA